AUGGCAUUUGACUACUUUGCUAACCCGCCGCCUGGUAUUGACUUGUCGGAGUCACGCACUACUUCCAACAAUGCUAUCGGCAUUGUGCUUUUUGUUCUUUCGUUCGUUUUCGUCGCGUUGCGUCUCCUCACUCGCCUGCGUCUUAAACGUGAGGUACUGGGACUGGACGACUAUCUAAUGUUUCUUGGGUUGGCUUUGAAUGCUGGCAACUUGGCUUGCUGCAUCGCAGGGGGCUUCUUCGGUCUCGGAAAGCACAUAUGGUCUUUGGGGCCGUAUGAAAUGCGACAAAUCACAAUAAUCACUUUCGCGUAUGUGUACAUCUACACAUGGAGUUUGUGUGUUAUCAAAUUCUCAAUUCUGGCUUUAUAUCGUCGAAUUUUUGGGAUGACAUGGCUUGGCUGGUUUUGCGUCGUUCUCACUGCCGGUUAUCUAAUCACUAACCACGUCGUCUUACCACUGUAUACACGACCACUACACUACUACUGGAAUCAGUGGUAUGGUGGUGAAGGCGUGGUACUGGUGAACGAGGCAAAGUUCUAUCUUGGUAUCGGUAUUAUCAAUCUUUUCGGCGAUAUAUGUAUCCUCACGAUACCUGUACAAAGCGUGCUCAAGCUGAACAUGGGACGAUCGCAAAAGGUCGCAGUGAUCCUCACGUUUUUACUCGGCAGUUUUGUCUGUUUUGCGUCUCUAUACCGCAUCAUCACUAUUGUCCACCUCGUUAAUACAACAGACAUUAGCUGGGCGAAGAGUGACGUGUUCAUCUGGUCUUCCGUAGAACCCUCGGUCGGCAUCAUCUCCGGUUGCCUGCCCACCCUUCGUCCGCUGCUUCUGCAAGUCACGGAUGUGCUCUCUAGGAGCCUGCCAUCCACGCUCAAAGGUUCGCACCACAUGGAAUCUCCUGCGCACUCGCUAGAUCCACUCGAAACGAUUUCCAAAAAGCGCACGCGGAAGAUAAAGGUCAACGAUACGUUGGAGGGCACCACAGUCACUCAAACGGAGAUUCGAACCGACAGAAAGUCAUGGAUGAGAUCGAAUAAAGAUCAUGAGCCAUGGGGUAGAUCUCGGUUAGAUGAAGAUGAGAUAGGUCUAACAACAACCCAUGUGCAUGGAGAAUGUCCUAAUGCAGGACGCAAGGCAUCGAGCGAAGUCCGGAUAAGCGAGUCGCCUCCAAAUGAUAGAAGAGAAAGAGGGAUCACUCUGACGAGAGAGUUUGAAUGGGAUGAAAGAAAACAGAGUCCUGUUCCCCGCAAAUAG